CCGGUACUUUGUCCGGCGAGGACACCAUUGCGUCAGAUCUCCAGUUCCCCUUCACUCCUCGUCUCUGUCUUCAUCCUCUUCUCGAACCGCCGCUUCAUCUUCGAUGAACGACGCGUACGCCAGAUCCGUCUCCGAGGUUCUCGAAGAAUUUGGUGUAGAUCCAACCAAGGGUCUUACUGAUUUCCAGGUUGCCGAGAAUGCGAAGAUAUACGGCAGAAACGUGCUGCCUCAAGAAGAAAGCACUCCUUUCUGGAAACGAGUUUUGAAUCAGUUUGAUGAUUUACUUGUUAAGAUAUUGAUUGCAGCUGCCAUUGUUUCGUUCCUUUUGGCUUUGAUCAAUGGCGAGACAGGCUUAACGGCUUUUCUAGAACCUUCUGUCAUAUUUAUGAUAUUGGCAGCAAAUGCAGCUGUAGGUGUGAUAACUGAAACAAAUGCUGAAAAGGCACUUGUGGAGUUGCGAGCAUAUCAGGCUGAUGUUGCAACUGUCUUACGAAAUGGUUGCUUCUCAAUACUGCCUGCCACAGAACUUGUUCCUGGAGAUAUUGUUGAAGUUGGAGUGGGAUGCAAGGUCCCUGCUGACAUGAGAAUGGUAGAGAUGUUGAGCAGCCAAUUACGUGUUGACCAGGCAAUUCUCACUGGUGAGAGCUGCUCCGUGGCGAAAGACCUUGAAUCCACUGUUGCAACAAAUGCUGUAUAUCAAGACAAAACAAACAUCCUCUUUUCAGGUACUGUUGUGGUGGCUGGUAGAGCGAGAGCUAUUGUAGUCGGUGUUGGCUCGAACACAGCAAUGGGCAGCAUACGUGAUGCAAUGCUAAGGACUGUAGAUGAAGCAACACCUUUAAAGAAGAAACUUGAUGAGUUCGGUACAUUUCUGGCCAAGGUUAUUGCAGGAAUUUGUGUCCUUGUGUGGGUUGUUAAUAUAGGCCAUUUUCGUGAUCCUUCUCAUGGUGGAUUUAUGAGAGGCGCUAUUCACUACUUCAAGAUUGCGGUUGCCCUUGCAGUUGCAGCCAUUCCAGAAGGGCUUCCAGCUGUUGUUACUACGUGCUUAGCUCUGGGGACAAAAAGAAUGGCCCGCCUAAAUGCUAUUGUCAGGUCCUUGCCUUCUGUUGAAACUUUAGGCUGUACCACGGUGAUUUGUAGUGAUAAAACUGGUACUCUUACUACGAAUAUGAUGUCUGUCUCAAAGGUCUGUGUUGUCCAAUCUGUGCACCGUGGUCCUAUCACUAAUGAUUAUGCAGUUACUGGAACAACCUUUGCACCAGAGGGCAUGAUUUUUGAUUCUGCUGGAAUGCAGCUUGAAUUUCCUGCACAAUUUCCAUGUCUUCUUCAUAUAGCAAUGUGUUCAGCUCUUUGCAAUGAGUCUAUACUACAAUAUAAUCCCGAUAAGAAAAACUAUGACAAAAUUGGGGAGUCAACCGAGGUUGCCUUGCGUGUUCUAGUGGAAAAGGUUGGCCUUCCUGGUUUUGAUUCUAUGCCUUCUGCUCUGAAUAUUUUGAGUAAGCAUGAGCGUGCAUCAUAUUGCAACCGUUACUGGGAGCACCAGUUCAAAAAGAUAUGUGUACUGGAGUUUUCUCGUGACCGCAAAAUGAUGAGCGUCCUUUGUAGUCGCAAGCAACAGGAGAUCAUGUUCUCAAAAGGUGCACCAGAGAGUAUAAUCACCAGGUGCACACAUAUCUUAUGCAAUGAAGAUGGUUCUUCUAUUCCAUUAACCACAGAUAUCCGCAACGAGUUGGAUGAGAGGUUUAAAAGUUUUGCAGGAAAAGAUACCCUAAGAUGUUUGGCAUUAGCAUUGAAGCGCAUGCCCAUGGGUCAGCAAACAAUUUGCCAUGAGGAUGAGACAAACCUUACAUUUAUUGGAUUGGUUGGAAUGCUGGAUCCACCAAGGGAGGAAGUAAGAAAUGCGAUCUUAUCAUGUAUGUCUGCUGGAAUACGGGUAAUAGUUGUCACUGGUGAUAAUAAAACUACAGCAGAAUCUCUAUGUCGGCGAAUUGGUGCUUUUGAGCAUCUGGGGGAUUUCACUGGGUAUUCUUAUACAGCCUCUGAAUUUGAAGAACUCCCACCUUUACAACAGACAUUAGCAUUGCAAAGGAUGGUGCUUUUCACUAGGGUUGAACCUUCUCACAAGAAGAUGCUGGUUGAAGCCUUACAAAAUCAGAAUGAAGUGGUUGCAAUGACCGGUGAUGGUGUUAAUGAUGCACCUGCAUUGAAGAAGGCAGACAUAGGAAUUGCAAUGGGAUCGGGAACUGCUGUUGCUAAGAGUGCUUCUGAUAUGGUGUUGGCUGAUGACAAUUUUGCUUCAAUUGUUGCGGCUGUUGCAGAAGGAAGGGCUAUAUACAAUAACACAAAGCAAUUUAUCAGAUACAUGAUUUCAUCAAAUAUUGGUGAAGUAGUCUGCAUUUUUGUGGCAGCUGUUCUUGGAAUGCCAGACACCUUGGUUCCUGUGCAGCUCCUGUGGGUAAAUUUGGUAACUGAUGGCCUGCCCGCAACAGCAAUUGGUUUUAACAAGCAAGAUACUGAUGUGAUGAUGGCAAAGCCUCGUAAGGUUAGUGAAGCUGUAGUUACCGGAUGGUUAUUUUUCCGUUAUUUAGUUAUUGGAGCUUAUGUAGGUCUUGCUACGAUCACUGGGUUUGUAUGGUGGUUUGUCUAUUCUGAUAAAGGUCCCAAAUUGCCAUACUAUGAAUUGGUCAAUUUUGAUUCUUGUCCAACAAGGGAGACAUCAUAUCCAUGCAGUAUAUUUGAUGAUCGGCAUCCAUCAACUGUAUCAAUGACUGUCCUCGUUGUCGUUGAGAUGUUUAAUGCUUUGAAUAACCUAAGUGAAAAUCAGUCUCUCCUUGUCAUUCCCCCAUGGAGUAAUCCGUGGCUACUAGCAUCAAUAGCUCUGACGAUGCUCCUCCAUGUAGUAAUUUUGUAUGUAGAGCCUCUGUCUAUGCUUUUUUCGGUGACUCCACUGUCAUGGACUGAAUGGACUAUCGUUAUGUACCUAUCCUUUCCUGUAAUCAUUAUUGAUGAGGUGUUGAAAUUUUUCUCAAGAAAUUCCAGAGGCAGAAGGUUCGGCUUUAGAUUCAGAAGACCUGAUGCACUUCCAAGAGAAGCCCGCGACAAAUAAACUUUUUCACCCAGCUUUGAGCAAAUUUUGACUCAAUCAGUGCCCGAGUUAGUAAUGAAAAAAUCCUACCGAUGCUUAGGUUCAGUGAAAGUACAUGUAAAGCAGAUGUUCUUCGAACUGAUGUUUUUGGCAACAGUUCAAUUCCUUUAUCUCAUCGUUUAUAGCGUGUACAACUAAUUAUAUGGGAUGAUUCAGAUAGUUUUGUUCAAGUUCAUCCUUUGUUUUCCGUCAAAUUAUAGAAGAUAUUUCCUUGUAA